AUGAGACCAUGGCUAGUGUUUACUGUUAACAAAUUUUCACUGAAAUUUCCGGGUCAGAUUCUCGGCGCAGUAAUUACCGGUCAUGACGGUCAUCUGACCGGUGGGCGGUCGAAAAUAGUACCAAAAUCUAUACACAAAUUGAGACCAGGCGACAUUGAUGUGAUCGCUGCAAUGGGCGACUCACUCACUUCUGGCUUCGGGAUUCGUGCUUCAAGUUUUGCCGCUUUAUUUGUAGAAAAUCGUGGAGGUUCGCCAUUUGGAGGUGGACAGGGAACUUGGCGGGAUACUCUAACUCUUCCCAACAUCAUUAAAGAAUUUAAUCCAAACCUGGUUGGAUAUGCAUUGGGAGACGCAUGGACCCAUAACCCAGCGUCUCAAUUUAAUGUAGCUGAGAGUGGAUCGUUUCCGAGGGAUAUGCCAUUUAUGGCUCGAAGCUUGAUUAAUCGAAUAGUGAAUGAUCCUCGUGUUGAUAUUAAUAAACAUUGGAAGUUAAUUACGUUUUUCAUCGGAGCUUUCGAUUUUUGUAAUGACAUAUGUUGGGAUGAUCCACCCAGGGUAUCUUUGGACCACCAGAAGGCUGAUAUAGGUGAAACUCGCCGAAUCCUGAAGAAAAAUCUACCACGAACUUUAAUAACGCUAGUACCUCCCCCACAUUUGAAAACACUUGUUGAAACGACGGGAAAAUUGAAAUUAUGUGCUUUGACGACGAAUUUCAAUUGUCCCUGUUUAUUAGGCUUAGCUUGGAGGUAUCGAAAGCAAGAAAUUUAAGAGACAAUGAGAAGGUGGCUGUCGAUUGAUGAAGAUAUUGGAACUUAUUCGGAAUUCCAAACUGAAGAAUUCCCCGUAGUUGUUCAGCCAUUCACUACUGAUAUCAAACUCCCACGAUUAGCGAAUGGAAUCACGGAUUAUCGGUAUCUUUCGGCCGAUUGUUUUCACUUGAGUCCACUUGGAAAUGCAAGGACUGCCUUUUCCCUUGGGACGAGCCGGUCUAUGACGUUGGACAUUUUGCGUGCCCUACGAUGGAAAGACCGUAUAUUGGCACUUUGUAUAACAGCUAUGAUAGUUGGAAAAAUUCUUCACAUUGUACGUUAAGCAACAACUGUUGAUUGGAUUUUCAAAUUAUUGCUAUGAAUAUGGACACAUAGGAAUUGACUGAAUAUAUAGAACAUUUACAAAAAUGA